AUGCCGAGUGAAAAGGAAGAGUGGGAGGGAGAGGGAGAGGGAGACAGCCAGAGCAAGGUAAAGAAGAUGUCCGAACAUUUGGUUUUCGUAUCCCCUUAUGGAAUUAUGCUCUACGACAGCACCGAGACAUUCAUCUUCACUUUAUCCAAGCCCUCUGGACCCGCCUCCGUUGUGAAGCGCGACAUCAUCAAGGACCAAGUGGUCGAGUGCAAGUUCAAGGGAGAGUGGCUGGAAGCCACUGUGCUUGAAGUCUGUACCUGGUCGGCAGACUCUGACGAUGAGGAUGAGACCGACGGUCGGACUGUGAAAGUCCGCCUCAAUCGCGAUGGCACCGAGACUACUGUGCUAGCGUUCAACAUCCGCGAGCAUCUGCAAGCCGAUGAGGCUCUCGAGAGGGAGCGUCAAGCCCAACGAGCUUCUGCGAAGGAGCUCAUCAUUAUUUCGUCGCAGGCCGAGAAGCGCCGUGAGGCGACGCUGCUUCUGGCAGCCAGCCUGGAGGCCAAAUUUCCUGGCAGCUUCGCUGCGGGUGAGCUGGAAACGCCCGAGGGCAUCGCCGUGUCUGCCCUUGCCGGGGACAUGUCUGCCCUGGCUGGGAAGGACGGACCGGACCUUCUCCGUCGGUUGGGCACAGCUGCACACUGUGCGCUGGUUCCUGGGGACAACUCCGUCUACCUGGCAGGAGCUACUCCGCUAGAUUGCACUCGCGGCGAGUCCUUCGUCAGGCCUUUCUUGACAGACCCGGGUCUCGUCACAAAUGCCGCCUCCACUGAAGCGCAGGUGGCCACUGAGGUCGAUACCAUCGAGGACAUCUAUGUGUCCAACCUAUUCAUCGACAAGGAGAAGCAGAAGAACCUUCCUGCUCGGGUUUUGGCCACGGUCGCCGACAAACAUGGUGUGGUCGCCUUCUUCGACGAUGCGGCCACCGAAGUGGAAGACAGCGUUCGCCUGAACGUGCUGAGUUGGGAUGCCGAGCGCCGGCAUUCUGCCAUGGAGAUGGUGAAAGAGCUGCAAGAUGUGGAGCCACCACCAGAGGAAGAGUCCUGGCAGGCAGACGAGAACCAAGGCGACGAUCAAAACGAGAGCUGGAACGAUGUCCCCGGUUCAUACCGUGGGACGGAGACGUAG